ACUCACGGUAAGAGGAAAUCCUAAACUGGUCUGGUCCACUGGUGCUCCCCUUCUCUCUCGCUCACACACCCUGGACGCUCACACACCUUGGACGCUCACACAAACAGGAGGAGAAUGGCAGUAGCAGCAUCCACACAGAGAAUGAAUGAGACCCACAAAAUGCUGGCAUUCACUUUUCUUCUCAUCACCACCCUCUUUCACGGUGGUGUAGUUGCACAAGACGAGAGUGAAUCAGAUGUUGUCACUGGGCCCACACAGCCAGCAGAUGUUGCUGAAUUAUUUCGUGGAGACGACAUUGACACCACACAACUGGCAGAUGAAGAAGCAGAUAAACCCCAAGUUCAGAUCAUUGUAUUCCCCAGUAUUCCUGGCCUGGAUCUGUCAGGCUUCUUACAUGACACCACAGCGACUCCAGUCACCAAGGGGGUAGUGGAGACCACAGACAUGGGGGAGGCAACAGUGGAGGCUGGUGAAGCAGGAAUCACAGACCCAGGUGACGACCAGGAGACCCAGGCUCCCCAGCAGUUUCAGACCUCCCAAUCCAGUGACACUGUGCUCAUCCCAGAGGCUGAUGUGAUGUGUGUUGAUAAAGAAGCUGUCCAGGACAGAGAUGCAGUGAAUCUGAAACUCAAGGCCUCAUCCAGCUGUGAGGAGACCAGGUCUAAAAUUGAGAGUGUGUUGGAGCACCUGUGUGGAGACGACUGUAAACUGGAGGUCUACCAGGAGGACAACUCCAAUGAAAUCCUGAUCUCUGGCCAAUGCAUAGAAGCUGAUGCAAAAGGAAUGGCUGAGAAGUUCAACAAUGACAACAUAAAAGACAAGAUUGAUUUUGAGGAGGCUGUUCCUCGCUGGGGGAAGAAAUCCAAGCUGGUACUGGUCUCCCUGCUGCUCACUGGACUGCUCCUGGCUAUUCUUCUCAUCGCAGGUUACUACCUGAAAACCCACCGCCCACCACCCAAGGGAGCGAGACUGGCUGAAGAGGGUUUCCAGGUGUAUGAGGAGAACCAGGCCAACACCCUGGUGUCUGUGGCCCCUCUGCAGUCACAGGAGCCCCUGGUGAAGCCCACCAGCAAUGGGGAGUUUCCUGAGAGCCAGCCACCACCCAACAACGGCCAACCUGCCACCCAGACCUCGGUUGCUGACACUGAGAUGUGAACGAGCUCUGAAUUACAUCCCCAACGCCCCAUUCUCAUUCCUCCUGCUCCCCGUCAUCACCACAUUCCCAAUCCCUCUCCCCUCAUAGUGUACCUGGGGAUACAAGACUCUAACACUAAACACCCAUUCAAUAUCCAAGCCCACCUCACCCUACCCCAUGCAACCCUUGACUCCCAGGAUGAUGACAAUGAUGACAAUGAUGAAGAUGAUGACUAUGACGAUGAUGACGAUGCCUGUAAUGUGAAGAGAAGAGAUUGUGAUCACUGGCCUCUAUCAGGUUUCAGUGGUGGUAGAGAAGGAGCCUAAACACUGAGUUUGGGGGACUGGACAGCAGGUUCAGAGACUGCAUUCCAAAAACAAUAAUUGCUGCAAGAAAUGAACAAGAAAUCACCAAAAUUGACAGUUUGUGUUGCUGUUUCCAAAUUCAAGUAUGAAGCACAGUAUAUUCGAGUUCUUAGUCUUUCAGAUCUCAAAUGGACUCAUUUGAACCAAAAGGGUCAUCUUAGUUUAAGGUAUCGCUUGGUUAAUUUGUUUGUAUGAUCUGGUGUGAUCGUUUGCUUGAACCUCCUGUUUGAGGUAAAAAAUUACAUUUGGGUAACAGAAGCGGAGAAAGAGUGAUACAUGGAGAUUAUUUCAACCAUUGAAGAGAUUUGAAUAGGCAGCUUUAAAAUGGGUAUCAAUAUGAUUGGCUAGUGCAGAGAUCAAAGUUGAAUCCUGUUGCCUUUUAUCAAGGCCUAUCAUAAUAGUUGUGUGAGAUCGGCUGCCAUAUGUUUGUUUCAUAAUUCUGUAGGCCUACACUCUUAGAAGAAAAAUGUGCUAUCUAGAACCUAAAAGGGUUCUUCAGCUGUCCCCAUAGGAAAACC